GUUAUUUGUCUUCAGUCACACCUACUCUUCCAUAAAAACUCAACUUUCCUUCAAACCAAUACUCUACUUAAGUUUGCCGAUUGGUGAAGUGAAACGACAGAUCUUAAAGUCAGCUCUCUGAUCGCUGCAAUGGCUUCUUCCCAAAAAGUCCAAGGAAAAGAAAGCGCUGCUCCUGGACCAGUGCCAGAUGGUCAUCUUCGACUCUACAGCAUGAGAUUCUGCCCUUUUGCUCAGAGAGCGAGAAUGGUCCUCAAUGCCAAGGGAAUUAAAUAUGACACUGUCAACAUCAAUUUGAAAGAUAAGCCUAAUUGGUAUUUGGAAAAGAAUCCUGCUGGAACAGUGCCAGCAUUGGAAACCCCAAGUGGUCAGGUGAUAUACGAGUCACUUAUCACCUGUGAGUACCUGGAUGAGGUCUACCCUGAGAAGAAACUGAUCCCAUCUGACCCUUUUGAGAGGGCCCAACAGAAAAUGUUGCUGGAGAAUUACUCAAAGGUGAUUCCAUACUUCUAUAAAAUCUCUAUGGGCAAGAAAAAUGGAGAGGAUGUCUCAACACCUGAAAUAGAAUUUAAAGAAAAACUCUCCAAACUAAAUCAGACUCUGGCGAACAAGAAGACCAUAUUCUUUGGAGGAGAUUCAAUCACAAUGAUUGACUACAUGAUAUGGCCGUGGUUUGAGAGGAUAGAGAUGAUGGGCCUGAAACAUUGUUUGGAGAACACUCCUGAGUUAAGACUGUGGAUUGAACGCAUGUUAAAGGAUCCCAGUGUUAAAGCCACCAUGUUUAGCACAGAUGAUCACAAGGUCUUUUUCGACACCUACAUGGAUGGAAAACCCAAUUUUGACUAUGGAUUAUAGAGCAAAUCAUCUUUUUGUUCUAAGACAGGGUGACAUUUGUCCAUCUGUGUGUGGUCUUUUUAUCAUUACUCUUUCUUAGCCUAAGUAUUUUAUUUUGAUUUAAUUAUGCUUUUAACUCCAAAUCUGAGAUUGUCACAUAAUGCCAAUAGAUGCUUUACAACUGAUAUAAUAUAAACAUGUUUGUCAUUUAUACAUAAACAUAAAUAAACCAUGUGUACAAAAAAUAUAA